UAGUUCUGCACACCGAGGACGCCGCAGAGGGACGCAGAAGAAGAAAUUAGUAUUGUAAACACAGGGAUAUGGCUGACGAGAGGGGUGGAGGCGAAGACAACAUCAACGACAACAUGGGCAACCAGUUACAACUUUUACCAGACAAUGAGGAAGAGGAGGAGGAAGAUGACAUGGAGACUGAAGACCGAGACAGUGAGGAGGCAGAGAAGCCCAACAUUAUCACCUUUGACCCCAGUCUUCCCACAUCACAUGCAUAUCUGGGUUCAGACAUGGAGGAGUUUCACGGCCGUACAGUUCACGAUGACGACAGCUGUCAAACCAUUCCUGUGCUGCCACACACGGCUGUGAUGCUGGUGCCGGGGCAGACGCUGCCUCUCCAGCUCUUCAGGCCGCAGGAGGUCAGCAUGAUGAGGAGCGUCAUCCAGAGAGACCGCACUUUUGCUGUGCUCGCACACAGUGAUGCCGGUGAGCCAGAGCCAGAGUUUGGGACAACAGCAGAAAUCUAUGCAUACCGUGAGGAGCAGGAAUAUGGCAUUGAAACGGUCAAAGUGAAAGCUGUUGGGAGGCAGAGAUUCAAGGUCCAUGAGAUAAGAACUCAAGCAGAUGGGAUCAGACAAGCCAAGGUACAGAUUCUUCCAGAACGAAUCCUUCCAGAUCCCCUCUCUGCCGUGCAGCUAACACCCCUCACCAGGCUCCACAUGCACCCCUCCUCCAAGCCCCCGACUCAGAGCUGCAAACAAGCCCAGUGCUGGUGGAAUAACUACCAGCAGAGGAAGUUUCACUGUGCCAGUCUGACACCAUGGCCACCCUGGGUCUACGCACUCUACGACUCUGAGUCGCUCAUGAACAGAGUGAAGAAACAGCUCCACGAAUGGGACGAGAAUCUGAAGGAUGACUCUCUCCCCACGAACGUCGUAGACUUCUCCUACAGAGUGGCGGCCUGCCUGCCCAUAGACGACGCUCUGCGGCUCCAGCUGCUGAAGAUCGGCAGUGCCAUCCAGAGACUUCGCUGUGAACUGGACAUCAUGGACCGGUGCACGUCACUCUGCUGUAAGCAGUGCCAGGACACUGAAAUCACCACAAAAAAUGAGAUAUUCAGCUUGUCUCUGUACGGCCCCAUGGCUGCGUACGUCAACCCUCACGGUUACGUCCAUGAAACCCUGACUGUCUACAAAGCCAACAACCUCAACCUGGUCGGCAGGCCAUCCACACUGCAUAGCUGGUUUCCAGGAUACGCGUGGACAAUCGCUCAGUGCCGAACCUGUGGGUCUCACAUGGGUUGGAAGUUCACUGCCACCAAGAAGGACUUGUCUCCACCUCGUUUCUGGGGUCUGACCCGUUCAGCGAUGCUCCCCCGCAUUCCCCAGGGUGAGGGGGAGGAGGGGAGGGAGGGCUCUCGCCUCUUCUGCCUGUGAUGUCCAACCAUCAACCCCCCCCCCCCCCCCCCGCCCCCAAAGCCUGGAUCUUCAGCCACUCUCUGGCCAUGAUUACUUCUAGUAAUCAAUGCAUCACACCCUACCUGUCACCCCUGGCAGCAAAUCCAUCAUAUUAGUGAAAAGGUCAUGCGGCCUCUAAAUGGCACUCUAUGAGUAAAUUAGAACAGGAUGGAGGCAGUGAUUGUUCUUAAAGGUUCCUUAAUUGUGGAGGCAGUGGUGAGACGACUCUGUGCGUUGUGAUAAAGUGGGAAAGAGAUGAAGAAUAACAGAUUGAUUCCAUGACACGUGGUAACAUCCUAGCAUGCAGCUCCCCUGUCCAGCUGUUUUCUUGGUAGCUGCAGACACUCACACACAAACACACACAAACGCUAUGCUUGAUGUAUAAUUUCCCCUCAACUCCUUUUCUCCAUAUAAUGCAGAGUGUGACUGCAUGUAGUUGAGAUAGACAUAUCAUCGACAAGUAGGCUCCGUUACCCUACUUUAAUUUGUUGUAAAAACAUACAGUGAAUUCACUUAGCAUUCAGAUCGUGUGUGCGGUUUAUCAGAUAUGUUUUCUGUGUCUUCAGCUGCCGUAGGUCAGUAGAGGAAGCUGGUUGAAUGAGAGUUGCACUCAUGUAGUAUGUGUCGAUCUGUCGUGAUGGGAGAUAUUUUGAAUCUUUGAAUUUAAUUGGAUGUAUUUUUGUAUGCAAGAAGAUUGAGGAUUAAUUCAACAUACUCAUUCAAGUGUGGAGAAAUAGUGCUUUUUUUUUUAAAUUUAUUAUCACAUCAGUUUUUGUUUAAUAAAAAAAAACUGAGGUGAAAAUAAUGAUAAUGUGUACUAUACUUGAUAUAGGCGUGUCUGUUUUGUAUUCAACUAAAGCUCAUUGUCUUUUUAGAUGAUGUCCUUUAAGAAACAAGUGUUAUCUCUGUGAAGUGAAAAUUUGAGAUGUCUUGGUGCCUCAUGGCAGACUGCUUGUUUUAAAGGUCAAAGCGAAUGAAAACGGUGAGAGAGUGAGAAGAGAAGUUUACCCUUUGUCGUUUGGUUUGUUCACAUUGUGUGGCAUUUUAAAAUGGUGUGCCUAUACACUCCGGCUCUGUGUCUUCUGACAAGUUUGAGGAAGCAGUGAAGCGCAGACGUGAAUGAAAGAUUGUGAAUGGCAAAGUGGUGAUGAGGCUUUGAAUUCAUUUUUUUAGGAUUUCGUUUUUUAGGAUUCUCUUUGGCUUGUAGUCUCAAAGUUUUCAGGAUUCUACUUCUUGCGAUUUUGUUGCAAGGUGCUGGCUCACGUUUGUAUAAAUGUAACUGUAAAUAAGAGGCAAUUAUAGCAUUUGUUGCGUAAUAUAACUGGCGUUCUACUGUUGGUAGAAUCUGACUCUUAUUUCUUAUAUCUCAUCAUGACACAGGGAAUUAUUGGACAAAAAUCUUGUCAUCAGUGAGCAGAGUAAUUGAACGCAAUAAGAAAACGUCUUGAAUCUGUCUAAUGAAAUGUGUCUGGAUAUUUUCUUAAAGGAAAAGUUUGACAUUUUGGUAAAUUUAAGGCUGUUUGGGAGAGCUGAUGAGAAGAUUGGUCCCACUCUUAUCUUUAGGAUGAAUAUGAAACUAACUGUCUGCUGGCUGCAACAGACAUCUCAUCUAACUCUCUGCAUCAAAGUAUAUUUCCAAAAAUGUCAACCUAUUCCUUUUAAAGAGAACCCAUUUAGAAAAUCUCAUGUGUUGUUGUUGCGGCUUAAGCUCAGUGUCACAUACAGUAGGUCUACAGUUUUUUGAGUUGCACUCAAUAGAUGCUCAAUAAGAAUAUAAUUCACUUUGUCAUCUCAAGCAUUUUGUUUGGAUUUAAUCUUUUCACUGAUCUACAUGUUCUCGUGGUAGUACCUCAGUAAUCAGACUGUGAGCUUCCUCAGAACAGAUAUCGUUCUCUCUUUUCUUUAAAUCACUUUCACUUCACUGUCAUAUCAUCACACCAUUUUGUUUCAUAAAGGAGAGGUUUUCGCCAUAAGAAUAACUUGUAAAAUCUAAAAUCUUGUGUAAUGCCUCUGUUAAUUAUAUUCUCUGUCAUAUCACUGAGCCAGUGUUAGCCAGGCUGUCAGACUUUCAUUCAUCCCCAACAAUAAAAUAUACGCUUCACUGAGGAAAAUCAGUGGGCCGGUUCCAAAGAAGGCCUUUGCUUGUUUUUCCAUGACCCUCAUUGUACCACAGAGUAAAAUAAACAUGCAGUUAUCCUGUGA